AUGCAGAUGUCCUGCAUCUUGACUGGGUCAUUUUGGAAUUCAGCUUCCUUCAAUACUGAGGCUUCAUACCUUCAUUUUCCUACUUUCCAUGGAGAACUUAGUGCAGAUGUGUCUUUCUUUUUUAAGACAACAGCUUCAUCUGGGGUAUUUUUAGAGAACCUGGGGAUUACCGAUUUUAUAAGGAUAGAGCUACGCUCUCCAGCAGUAGUGACCUUUUCAUUUGAUGUGGGGAAUGGACCUUUUGAAAUCUCGGUGCAGUCACCCACUCAUUUCAACGACAACCAGUGGCACCACGUCAGGGUGGAAAGGAACAUGAAAGAGGCAUCUCUUCAAGUGGAUCAGCUCUUACCGAAGACACAGCCUGCUCCCACUGAUGGGCACAUCCUUUUACAGCUCAACAGUCAGCUCUUCGUGGGUGGAACGGCCACCAGACAGAGGGGCUUUCUGGGCUGCAUUCGGUCUCUGCAGUUGAACGGAAUGUCCCUGGACCUGGAAGAAAGAGCUAAGGUGACGCCCGGAGUGGAGCCGGGUUGCAGAGGGCACUGCAGCAGCUACGGAAAAUUGUGUCAAAACGGAGGGAAAUGCAGAGAAAAGCUCAGUGGGUUCUCUUGUGACUGCACCCUCUCUGCAUACACGGGGCCGUUCUGCUCCAGGGAGAUUUCUGCAUAUUUUGGAUCUGGCUCAUCUGUGAUUUACAAUUUUCAAGAAAAUUAUUCCCUAAGUAAAAAUUCCAGCUCCCACGCUGCUUCAUUUCAUGGCGAUAUGAAACUGAGCAGAGAAAUGAUCAAAUUUAGCUUUCGAACAACACAAGCACCAAGCUUACUGCUUUAUGUGAGCUCCUUUUAUAAAGAAUACCUUUCAGUUAUCAUUGCCAAAAAUGGAAGUUUGCAGAUCAGGUACAAGCUAAAUAGAUAUCAAGAACCUGAUGUCGUUAACUUUGAUUUCAAAAACAUGGCGGAUGGGCAGCUUCACCACGUAGAGAUUAACAGAGAAGAAGGCGUGGUCUUUGUAGAGAUUGACGAGAAUGCAAAGAGACAAGUCCACCUGUCAUCAGGUACAGAAUUCAGUGCCGUCAGGUCUCUUGUACUGGGCAGGAUUUUAGAACACAGUGAUACAGACCAGGAGACAGCGCUGGCAGGCGCACAGGGCUUCCUGGGCUGUCUCUCUGCCGUGCAGCUCAGCCACGUGGCUCCUCUGAAGGCCGCACUGCAGCCCAGCCACCUGGCCCCCAUCACCAUCUCGGGACAUGUGACAGAGUCCAGCUGUGUGGCCCAGGGUGGUACUGAUGCCACAUCAAGAGAAAGGACACACUCGUUUGCAGAUCAUUCAGGAACAAGAGAUGACAGAGAACCCCUCGCUAAUGCAAUCAGAAGUGACUCUGCAGUGAUUGGAGGUUUGAUAGCUGUUGUGGUCUUUAUCUUGCUGUGCAUCGCUGCCGUAGCCGUUCGCAUUUAUCAGCAGAAAAGGUUAUACAAAAGAAACGAGGCGAAAAGGUCAGAGAACGUAGACAGUGCUGAGGCUGUUUUGAAAAGUGAGCUUAAUAUACAAAGUGCAGUCAAUGAAAAUCAGAAAGAGUACUUCUUCUGA